CUGUCCUUUUCUAAUUCAUGAUUCACGUUCAUUCUCGAAGUGCUAAUGCCUUUGGCGUAACUAUGUACUUAUUUUUAUCAAACUCUGCCUAUAGGUAUUUUAAAUAAAGUUCGGUAUAUCUACAAUAAUAUAUUUUUUUAAGAAAAAGAAGAAAAGGCCACGAUUUUGAAACAAAUUAUUUGGUCGAUGUUCCCAAAUCUUUAAUUUCCACCCAGAAAAUUAAUCAAGAUCAAGUUUACAAAUUGAUAUAGUGAACCUAUUUAGGAUGAUGUAACUUAUAAAUACGCUAUAAUUUGUACAAAUACAUCCUGAGGAGGUCUUUGGCAAAUAAUCUGCAAUUGUUGAUCAAUUGGAUUUUGCUGGACAUCUUCAAUCGCUGCCUAGAGAGAGGAGAGUUCUUUCCAGACUGGAAGAGGCAAAGGCUGGUCCUCCUAAGAAAGGGUGACAAACCUCUAGAAAAUUGAGCCAGAAGAAGGAUUCGUAUUCAAGAUUAGAAUUCGCACCUGUAUACAUUUUUAGUAAUUAUUCUUUAAUAAUAGAGAAUUAUAUUUAAAUUGUAAUUUGCAUUAAAAUUUUUUAUUGAUGAUAAAAACUAUAUGAAAUACACGGCAAAAAAUGUACAAACAUGAUGAAAAUGAAUUAACGCCUCUCAAUGUUGCCAUUCUUCAAAAUCACUUGGAAUUAGCCAAGAUUCUUGUACAAAAUGGUGCCGAUGUAAAUAUUGUAAACAAUGAUGGAGAAACACCACUUCAUAAGGCUUCUAAAAGGGGAAACAUUCAACUGGUUGAGAUUCUUUUACAAAAUGGUGCUAAUAUUAAUGCAAAAGAUAAUCGGGAUAUAACGCCUCUCUAUGUUGCCAUUCUUUAUGAUCAUUCGGAAUUAGCCAAGAUUCUUGUACAAAAUGGUGCCGAUGUAAAUAUUGUAAACAAUGAUGGAGAAACACCACUUAAUCUCGCCACACAGAUGAUUAAGAUUGACAUUCAAUUUGUUGAGAUUCUUUUGAAGAAUGGUGCCAAUGUAAAUAUAGUAAAUGAUUAUGGAAGAGCUCCACUUCAUAUGGCUACUGAAAGGGGGGACAUUCAGCUGGUUGAGAUUCUUUUACAAAAUGGUGCCGAUGUCAAUAUUAGAGGUCAACAUAGAAACACACCACUUAAUCUCGCCACACAGAGGACUGAGAUUGACAUUCAACUUGUUGAGAUUCUUUUGAAGAAUCGUGCCAAUGUAAAUAUAGUAAAUAAUGAUGGAGAAACGCCACUUCAUAAGGCUACUGAAAGGGGGGACAUUCAGCUGGUUGAGAUUCUUUUACAAAAUGGUGCCGAUGUAAAUAUUGUAAACAAUAAUGGAAAAACGCCAUUUACAUAUGCAAUUAUAAGGAAGAAAAUUCAGUUUGUUGAGAUUUUCUCACAAAAUGGUGCCGAUAUAAAUUUCUUAUAUCAAGAAGAAGCACCACUUCAUAUCGCCACUAGACAAACGUAUAAGAAAUAUGAAGACAUUCAGCUGGUUGAGAUUCUUUUACAAAACGGUGCAAAUGUAAAUAUUUUAAAUAAAAAAGGAUUAACAGCAAUUGAUAUCGCCACUGAAAUGGGGAACAUUCAACUAGUUGAGAUUUUUUUACAAAAUGGUGCUAAGCUAAAUGGACAAGAUAAAUUAAGAAAAACACUUCUACUGGCUGCCCAGAAGAAUAAUAUUCAACUUGUAGAAAUUCUUUUAAAACAUAGUGCCAAUGUUUCUCAACCUGUCAAAGCUUAUGAAGGACGAAUAGAUGACAAUUCAACGACAGUUCUUCAUUUUGCUGCUGAAAAUGGAAAUUUGGAAAUGGUUAAAUUGUUAAUGACGAAUGGAUUUGAUGCAAUUAAUGCUAAAGACAAUAGUGGUGAAACUCCCCUGGAGUGGGCAAUAUACUCUUCUCAUUUAGAUGUUAUAAAACACUUGAUAGAAAACGGCGCAAAAAUAAGACGUAAACCUGUCCUUGAAGAAGCACUUCACUUUGGCAAUUUGGAAGUUUGGAAAUAUUUAUUAAAAUGCAAUUCAACAAUAGUUGCAGAAACAUGUUCUUGCGAAUCUGAUCUUCAUUCAGCUGUGCGUGCGGGUCAAGUCGAAAUAGUUGAGGAAAUCAUAAAUAAAGAAGCGAGUAAAGUAAAAUCUGAUCUUAGAUCUUGCGGAUGUGCAGUUUAUAUUGCUGUUGAAAAUGGAAAUGAAGAAAUCCUUAAAAUUCUAUUAACAGCGGGUUUCUCAAUCGAAAGUUUCCUUGGAUUAAAUCCUCUUUAUGUGGCAGCAACAUUCGAGCAUACACGAUUAGUAGAUAUACUCUUGAAAUUUGGUGCCAACAUUAAUUAUUCAAAAACAGAUAAACAAAAAAUCACCCCAUUGGAUUUUGCAGCAGCUGCAGGUCAUGCAAAUAUGGUUAAAUUUCUUUUAGAUUUCGGUGCUGAUCCAAUGGAAAGCGGGAGUAGUUUGACUUCACUUCAUUAUGCACUGAACAGAUGCUCACGCUAUGAUAAUGAAACGAGUGUUACUCCAUUAAUGUUUCAAAAUUUGUUAAAAAUUACAGAGAUAUUUUUAAUCGCCGGAGUUAAUAAAAUAAAAAAAUGUGAUUAUGAAACAUUAAUAGUAAAUGCCUCUAAAUUAACAGUUUCUAGCGAUGAUAAAAAUGAUAAAAAAGGAGAAUUUCGUCCGGAAAUUAUUAGGUGCUUGCUCAAUUAUUCAAGAGAAAUUGAAUUCAACUGUAUGUUAGAUCAUUAUUAUUCACCUAUAUUCCAAAACAUACGUCAAAAAAUUGCAUGUACUAUUAUAGAAUACUGUGAUUGCAGAAAAAUAUCUCUUUCGUACUAUAGUUUCUGGACAAACAUACACGUGAUCGACGAAAUUGAGGAUAUCAAUUGCCUUUUAAACUUUAAGUCGAAUUAUACUGAAUAUAUAAAUAUUUUGAAGAUAAUUGUUGCGCGGCUAGAGCUACUUCCCUGCGAUCAACAGGCGGAGCAAAAGGUCAAUUUUUAUAAUCAACACUCCGAAAACCUCGAUUGGCGAAAUGAAUGUCAACAACAGAUAAUAAAUAUGAAAAACACAAAAAUUAUUGAUGAAUCAAAUGUUACUUUUUACGACAUUCUAAUGAAAUCUGUUGAUAAAGUUGCAAUUAAUAUAAGAAACGAGAAAUUUUUAAAUAGCUUAGAAUUAUCGAUCGAGAAAUUUCCAAAUUAUGCUCACUUUUUUGAGAAACGUGUUUGGCAUAGUAAACAAAGAAAUGAAUUAAUCGAUAUGUGCGUAAAUGGUAUGUUUCAUCUUAUUGAAAGGAAUUAUAAAAUUAAAUUUUCUUCUGAAGAUAUUGAAGAAAUUUUACAAUAUCUUUCAGUAAUCGAACUUCGAAGAUUAUCAAUGGCGUGUUCUUCAUUGUUUUCGUAAUAAAAAAAGUGAUAAUUUGAAUUAUUUUUUUUUAAUUUGUCGCAUUUACUACAUGUAUUUUUGUACUUGAAAUUAUAUCUAAGAAAUUAAUAAUGACUGCGCUUUCUUACAAUUACUCACCUUCGAAAAAGGUGACAAAAAUUUGCAAAAAAUGGAAAAUAUUUCGUUGAGAAUGAAUAAAUUUUAUUUUUAAAAUAAAUAAUAAUUUUUAAUUUAAUUAAUGUUACAAUAAAAUUUCAUUAGCAUUUCA